AUGUCAACAAAAAGUAAUUUUCGUGUUUGUGUGCCCAAAUGGCAAUGGCAGCAGCGGGUGUCAAUCGCCCAACUCUCACUCUCACUGGCAGUGCUGCUGCUGCUGCUGCUGCUACAACAACUGCCUAUGGGCGACAGCAGCUACCAGUAUUCCUGGUGUGAUUCGAGUUUAUGCGAGAAAGGUGUGCGGCAUUUGGCCUGCCGCAAUAAUGGCAACUUCGCCAAGCGCUGCGCUGCCGACGCCAUUGAGCUAGACAUCUCCAACUAUAAGGAUCAGUUUGUGCACGAACAUAAUAAGCGUAGAAAUUUCUUAGCGCUCGGCCUUUUGCCUGGCUACUUUCCCGCUUCUCGCAUGGCUACUAUGGUUUGGGAUGAUGAGCUGCAAUUUUUGGCAUCAUUAAAUCUACGCACCUGCAUACUGGAUCAUGAUUCAUGCCAUACAACCUACCGUUUUCAGUAUUCUGGUCAAAAUCUAUGCGGUGUUGUACGCGAUCGCAAUCCGAAUGUGAAUGUGAGUGGUAUUAUCGAGGAAGUGAUGGGACUGUGGUUCGAUGAAUAUCCACUCAUCGACAGCAGUUAUAUACGGAGAUUCCGGGUCACAAAAUAUUUCGAAGACUAUGGCCAUUUUGCCGAAAUUGCUGUCGAUCGUAAUACCCAUCUGGGUUGUGGUAUAAUACGUUUCACCCGCCCCGAUGUACCCUACGUCUAUAUCUAUAAUAUGGUUUGCAAUUAUGCAUCGAUUUAUGCAUUGGAUACGCCGGUGUACACAGUGGGCCAACCCGGUUCGCGUUGCUUGACGGGCAAAAAUCCCUAUUAUCCUGGCUUAUGCUCGGUGAAUGAACAAAUCAAUCCGAAUUAUUAAAAUUUAGUGAUUUAUUGUAAUAGUAUGUAUGUAUGUAGCUAUGCACAUAAAUAUUUAUAAUACUUAUUUUACUACUAGUAAACCAGAUAAAAAUGUAAAUAAAUACUUAAGCAAUAAAUUUAAUAGUAAUUUGCCUAUAAAUGGCAAAUAAAUG